UCCACUCGUACUCGUGAUUGACUUUUUGAUACUUUCGUCAAGAAGAGCCGAAGCUUGUUGGUAAAAACAUUGACAUCCAACGUUGGCAUCCACCUUGCUCUCUACUAGAAGUAAACUUUUUACGACGUAUUUGUGCACGGCUCUCGGUCACGAUCUGCUCAAGAAUAAGGAAACAUGUACACCGCCACUUCGUCAGCAGCGUAAGGUUUAAGAGCUUCAGAGGUAACUUUCUGUGGUUCGUGUUGAUUGGAACUUCUGAGGCGCCAUGGGCUGUGCAAACGGGAAGGUGAUCACAUUACCCAUGACACCCAAGAACGGCAUCUCACCGAUUGAAGUGACCGACGGAGUGGAGAGGAUGAACAACCUCAUCAACCAGCCCCCGCCCAAGGUUGUCAUCAGCGGAGACUUUUUAGAGGAGACAUCUAAAAUUGGUGACAUGGAGACCAAUGGGAGCGGCCACAUGACGGGACCCGACAUUCUAAACCUGGAAGAGAAAGUCGACAACAUGUCACAAGAAGUAGAAUUCCUGUCCCCUCCAGAAGUGCCACCGGACGACGACAAAGUAGCCAUGGUUGACAUGAUCAUCGAAGACGCUGUCUCACCGUCCAACGCCAUCGGAAGCGACAAUUUUGAAAACGAUAAUCACGCAAACAACAAUCAGCAAUCCGAUAACCAAGGAAUGGAUGUCGGUGACAAUAAUAACGAGGCAGGUGAGGACGACAUCGUCGUUGUAGAGGAAAGCACUCUCGACGACAACGGAAAUGACACCUUGCCGGCACCCGUUGAGGAUGAAGAAAGAGAGCUGACCACGAGUGAUGACGCCCAUGAAACCAAAAGACCAAGUAGAGAUAUUGCGGACGACUUGUUGGUCACAGACGAGGAGUGAAUGUGUGUCGAGGAACUGCUAUGCAAUGUGGGACCACAAGGGAAGAUCUGUGUCCAAGAAAUGUUGUGAUACCGAGGAAGGUGGACGCUCGUCAUUUCUACGACAUCCGCUCCAUGUGAAUUUAUCGCCCCUUCCUUUUCUUCAUUCAUUGUUUCUAAUGUGUCGUAAGCUACAAUAUAAACGUGCUAGAAGGUAGGAACAUACGCAAUAUAAAAGACAAAUUUCAUGUGGAAAUGAACGCAGACUGUGGUUAACGGAUACGAAAACCUUGAAGGGAAUCCUGUAUUGAAGCCAUUUUUGCACAAUAAAAACAACUUCACUCACCGUCUCUAAC